AUGAGGUCGUCAAGAAUCAUCCGCCGUGCGCCCCGUUGCGGGGCUGUCCCUAGAGCCGGCGGCACCGCGACGGCUGCCUUCAUAUCACCGCCGACAACGACGACGGCCUCCCGAUCCCAAUCCCGCCGAGCAGCGAGCAGCCUCUCCCAACGGCCCAACGCGAACCACGUCUCCUUUCCGGGGGCCGUGAAGAGCGCCUUCACAAGCACUCUCAAGUUCGAGACACCCGGCGACUACCCCGCCGUGCCGACUUACCGCGUCGUCGACCAGGACGGCGCCAUCGUCGACGAUGCCUUCGUGCCCGAUCUGGGCGAGGAGGGCAUCGUCAAGCUCUACAAAGACAUGGUUUUCAUCUCGGUCAUGGACCUCAUCAUGUUCGAUGCCCAGCGCCAGGGCCGGCUGAGCUUCUAUAUGGUCUCGGCGGGCGAGGAGGCGCUGAGCGUCGGCUCGGCGAGCGUGCUGACACCCGAGGAUGUCAUCUUUUGCCAGUACCGUGAGCAGGGCGUGUUCAAGCAACGCGGGUUCACCUCAGGGGACUUUAUGAACCAGCUGUUUGCCAAUUCCAAGGACCCGGGCAAGGGGAGGAACAUGCCUGUGCACUACGGCAGCAAGGAGUUGAACAUUCACACCAUAUCCUCACCUUUGGCGACGCAGCUGCCGCAAGCUUCGGGAGCGGCCUACGCUCUGAAGAUGCAGCGGAUGCAGGACCCGUCCAUCCCCCCGCGAGUGGUCGCGGCCUAUUUUGGCGAGGGCGCGGCCAGCGAAGGCGACUUCCACGCAGCGCUGAACAUCGCGGCGACGAGGUCCUGCCCCGUCAUCUUCAUCUGCAGAAACAACGGCUACGCCAUCUCGACGCCGACGCUGGAGCAGUACCGGGGCGACGGCAUUGCCAGCCGUGGUCUCGGGUAUGGCAUCGACACCAUCCGAGUGGACGGGAACGACAUCUGGGCGGUCCGGGAGGCGACCAAGAGGGCGCGCGGGAUGGCUCUCGAGAAUGGGGGCAGGCCCAUCCUGAUCGAGGCCAUGACCUACCGGGUGAGCCAUCACAGCACGUCGGACGACUCAUUCGCGUACCGCGCCAGGGUCGAGGUCGAGGACUGGAAGCGUAGAGACAACCCUAUCACGCGGCUUCGCAAAUACAUGGAGGCCAGGGGCAUGUGGGACGAGGGCAAAGAGAAGGAAUGUCGAGAGUCGACGAGGCGGGAGGUGCUAAAAGCGUUCAAGGAGGCCGAGAUGGAGAAGAAGCCGCCGAUCCGGGGCAUGUUUGAGGAUGUCUACGAAGAGCUGACACCGGAUCUGAAGCAGCAGAUGGCGCAGCUGCGCGAGCACCUGGAUAAAUACCCGGAGGAGUACGAGGUGAGCGAAUUCGAGGGGGGCAAGGAUAGCCUGAAGUCGUAG